AUGGCUAAAGCAAAAAAAAAAUUAUUAUCAGAAAUUUCUCAACAAAAGCGUAUUCAACAAAAUAAAAAAUCCUUAAAUCCAUUUGAAGUGCACAUAAACAGAGAUAAACAAAAUGUGUUGGGUAAAAAAAGUAAAGCUGACAGAGGGCUUCCAGGUGUAUCACGUGCAAAAGCAAUAAAAAAACGAAAAGAAACACUUCUUCAAGAAUAUAAAUUAAAAAAUAAGGAUAAUUUGUUUUUUGAUAAGCGUAUAGGUGAAAAGAAUGUAAUCAUGAAUGAAGAAGAUAAAGCUUUAGCUAGAUUUGCUGCAGAGCGUAUGAAAGCUUAUAAAAAAAAAAAUAUUUAUAAUUUAAACGAUGAAGAAAUAUUAACACACAAAGGUCAAACAUUAGAAGAAAUUGAAAAGUUUGAUGAUCCAAAAAGUGAUGAUGAAUAUAGUGAUGAUGAAAAUAUAACUGGUAAAUUAGAUAACAAAUUUGUUGGUGAAGCUCACUUUGGUGGUGGUGUUUUAUCAAAAUCAGAAUCUGGAAAAUCUAGGAAAGAUCUUAUAGAAGAACUUAUAAUUGAAUCAAAAAAACGUAAAGCUGAAAAACAAAAGAUACGUGAACAAACCAUAGAUUUAACAGAAAAACUUGAUUCUGAAUGGAGGGACCUUCUUCCUAUAGUCUCUGCAGCUAAUAAAGAUACUGAUGAAACAAUUGUAAAGAUAAAAGCUGAUGAUUAUGACAUUGCUGUACGUGAGUUGAAAUUUGAAGCUAAGGGUAUACCAUCAGAUAAAUUAAAAUCUGAAGAAGAAAUUGUAAAAGAGGAAAAAGAAAGAUUAGAAGCUCUAGAAGCAGAUCGAGUGGCAAGAAUGAAAGGACUUGUAAAUCAUUUGCAUAAUAACGAAAUUAAACAUAAAUCCGCAGAUGAUCUUGAUGAUGGUUUUGCACUAGAAACUAUAAAUGAUGAAGUACAGGUUGACAAAGAAAAUUCAAUUAAAGAUACACAAGAUGUUUCAAGCAAUGAAAACACUAGUGAUAUAGAUGGUGAUGAUGAUGAUGAUGCUGAUAAUAAUGAUACUGGUGAUUAUAAAGAUAAAACAGCUGUCAAUACUCAUGAAAAUGAACAAUUAGUUAUUAGUAAUAAAUUAAAUGGUAAUAUUAAGAAACAAAAGAAAGCAGAAAAUUCCAAUGGGAAUAAAUUAGAUGAAAAUUCUACUGAAGAAAUCUCAGAACUUGAAAGUUCUGAAGAAGAUAAUUUAUCAGAUUUAAAAGAAACAGACUCCUCUAGCGAAGAAGAAAAUGAGUUAGAUAAAAAUGAUAUAAUUGACUCACAAGAAAACUUAAAAAAUAGUUUAGAUAUGAAAUUGAGUACUAAAACUAGAAAACAAGAAAUUAGAGAUGAUCUUUUAAAGAGGAAAGAGAUAAUGGAAAGUGCAAGGAAAGAAUUACCUUACACUUAUAAAGUACCAGAAAGUUUUGAAGAAUUACAAGAAUUUUUACAAAAUUAUAGUGCCGAUUACCAAUCAGUUAUCAUAGAUCGUAUAAUUAAGUGCAAUCAUUGGUCACUGAGUAAUACAAAUAAAGAAAAGUUAUCAAAUUUAUUUCUGUUUUUGUUGCAACAUUUAAAUGAUAAUGCUACAGAAGAUAAUGUUGAAAAUGUGAUUAAAUGUUUCCAAAUUAUUGAUAGGUAA